GGGUACAAUGUAGCUAGGUUGGUUCUUUCUACUCGCUCUACGUAGGUAUUAGUUUAAUACAUAGAUAAGUUAGUGAGAUAUUAAUUUAUUAAUAUUUGUACAGUUAAUACAGUUUAAUUAGUGUAAACAAAGCAUGCGAAGGGUGACGCUUUUUGUCAACGGAACCUCCAAAAAUGGCAAGGUUGUAGCUGUUUAUGGGACUCUGUCUGAUCUUUUGACACUCGCAAGCAAUAAAUUGGGAUUAAGGGCUUGUAACUUGUAUAAUGGGAAAGGUGGUCUUAUAGACGACAUUGCCCUCAUCAGAGAUGAUGAUGUGCUGUAUGUGUCAGAAGGAGACGCUUUCAUUGAUCCUCAUAGUGAGGGCAAAAUGUCAGAUGACAUCUCAGGAUCGCACACUGAUUGGCUGACGCUGAAUAUUGGUGGGCGGCUUUUCACAACCACUAGGAGUACUCUUGUGAGUAAGGAGCCCGACAGCAUGCUGGCACACAUGUUUAGAGAGAAGGAUGUUUGGGGCAAUAAACAGGAUGAACGUGGGGCUUUCCUCAUUGACCGGAGCCCAGAGUACUUUGAGCCCAUCCUCAAUUACCUGAGACAUGGUCAGAUCAUCAUCAAUGAUGGAAUAAACUUACUCGGUGUACUGGAAGAAGCUAGAUUUUUUGGAAUAGAGCAACUGGCAGAACAGCUGGAAGUCGCCAUCAAGAAUUCCCAUCCACCUGAAGACCACUCUCCGCUCUCACGGAAGGAGUUUGUUCGGUUUCUGUUGGCUACUCCAACCAAAUCAGAGCUACGCUGUCAGGGUCUUAAUUUCAGUGGAGCGGAUCUCUCUCGGCUGGAUUUGCGCUAUAUUAAUUUUAAGAUGGCUAAUCUGAGUCGCUGCAAUCUCACCUAUGCAAACCUGUGCUGCUCAAACCUAGAGAGAGCCGACCUGUCGGGAGCCAACCUGGAUGGUGCUAAUCUUCAGGGCGUGAAGAUGCUCUGCUCCAAUGCGGAGGGAGCGUCUCUUAAAGGAUGUAACUUUGAGGAUCCCUCUGGACUUAAAGCCAAUUUAGAGGGGGCUAAUCUGAAAGGAGUGGACAUGGAGGGCAGUCAGAUGACUGGGAUAAAUUUGCGUGUGGCUACGCUGAAGAAUGCUAAGCUAAAGAACUGUAACCUGCGUGGUGCUACAUUAGCCGGCACAGAUCUAGAGAACUGCGAUCUCUCAGGCUGUGAUCUACAGGAAGCCAAUCUGCGUGGUUCAAAUGUGAAAGGAGCCAUCUUUGAGGAGAUGCUGACUCCGCUGCACAUGUCUCAAAGCGUGAGAUAACCACUUACUCUGCUCACCGCCCGGUAAAAGCCACCAGCCAGCUCCUCACAGCACUCUCUUACCCACAAUCCUUUUCACGCUCCUGUGAAAACUUAUGCAAUACUAGCACUUGUUUUGCCA